GCGUAAACGAGCUCCUCCUGCCUCGCGUCGACCCCCGCAACCCUCUUAUUUCUUGACACGCCCCGACUAGCCCCCAGUCCGGCGAGUCCUAGAAACAAGCAUGGUCAACACUUCCGUUCAUAUAUCCAGGAACGGCACCAUCCUGUUCGAGCCCUUCAUCGUCUACCGUAUACCCCGGUAACACCCCGCAUACGCCUCAACGCUGCAUUCACCCCUUUCGUGUCGCUCAACCGACUGACCCCCGACACACUGUACUCUCCCCCCCGCAAGUCGAUGACCUCAGUGUCAACCACCGAACCCCAGUCCCUUUUCAGGAUGGCCCGCUCUAAGCUGCAGUCAGCUAUUGGCAGCGGUGUCAAGGACACCUGCAGCCUCUAUCGCUGGGUGCUCCUCAAAAACUCUAUGACUCACUCUACUCCUUCGGACGCUGCCGCAGCCUCAUCCGACAAGGCUGAUGUAACAUGUGUAUAUAGACCUGAUGUAGAUCAGGGACGUGAAGAGGACGACGAGGAUGCCUUCAUGUUCCCGGACCCUGGCGAGGCCGACGCCGCUAAUCCGGAGCAGGCGUGGGUGAACUCGUUGCUCGAAAGCCUCGGUGACGAAGACGACGACCUGGUGGAGGAGGGUACUGUGUCCGUCACUGCUUGUCCUGUGGACGACGACGACGAGCCGCUAAGUCCCCUUUGUUCCCCCAUGUCCUCGUCGGACGACCUCGUCAGUCACUCCAGCUACUACUGUAAUCCUCAUGCAAUUCCCUUUCCUUAUCCCAUUCCUUAUCCACCUCUUCGCGACUCUCCGUUGUCACCAUGGCUCGAAGGAGAAUCAUCUCGCGACUCCCUCAUAGACGCUCGCCCGCCCCUGUAUCACGACCCCCUCCCUUACUACAACGUCGACGACACCGAAGACCUCCCCGUUCCAGACGCGAUUGAGGACACGUCUGACGACGAGUCAGAUGCUCCUUGUACGCCCUUUGAACAGUCAACGUCAUCGUUGUCACCGGUUGACCCGGCUUUCAUCCCCCUUCCCCCUGAGCGGCGCGUGCAUUCCCUUCAACCGCAAGUAUACAUUGACACGGACGAUUCGUAUUUCUAUCCCUUUGAGCUCGACCCUGUGCCUCCCCAUGACGCUAAUGCUGUUGAUCCUGCUCGUGCUUUCCACCCGUCUGUCUACCAGGAGUGCUAGUAUUAUAUCUGCGGCUAUGCCCUCGCCUGUCCCCCAUCCCCCAUUCCCCCCUCAUCCACUGCCUUGUCCUGUCGCUGCGCGUGACUUUACUUGUCGUAUCAUAGCUGCUCGUGUGCUCCAUACACCAUGUCAUGUCUAUAAUCUUUCGUUAGGAAUCCAGGGUGUUGAUCACGGUCAUC